AUGUCUGACAGCAGUGGUGCUGCCAACAGCAAUAGCUGGACUGUCCUUACAGCUGAGGAGACUGUUGCUGAGACGCUGAGGCCUGUAGAGGAGGGAACGGAACAUCAUGAAGAUACACCAAGUCAUACUGCUACAGAGAAACCUACAGGUACACCCAGUCAUACUGCUACAGAGAAACCUACAGGUACACCCAGUCAUACUGCUACAGAGAAACCUACAGGUACACCCAGUCAUACUGCUACAGAGAAACCUACAGGUACACCCAGUCAUACUGCUACAGAGAAACCUACAGAGAGUAGGCCUGGGGAGGAUGCAGUGUCUGCUGAAGAGUCUCACUCUGUGGAGCCACAGCAGGCGACCCAGGAAACACAACCAGAGAGAGGCAAGGAUCACACCCCUGUUGUAAAGAGUCACACCCAUGAGCCUACCCAUGACCUUCCCUCUUACCCUGCCCUUGACUCCACCUCUGCUAGUGUUGCUCCUCCGAGCUCUCUGUUAGAAGUCCCUGCCCCCACAGGCCCUGACCCAGAUACACGCAGCCAAUCCAGAAGCCUGCCUGGGAGCCCAGCCCCUCCCAUCUCUGACCCUGAUUCGUUCUCUGACUCCUACACCCACAUUAGCUCCUCCCCCGACCUCGAAGAACACCCUGCCUUGCUGCUCAACACUGAGCCACCGGAAGAGGAGGGGUAUAUACAGGAUGUGCAUCAUCAUUAUGAGGAGGGGCUUGGGCAGGAAGAGGAGGAGUCUGAUCUGUCGGAGGUCGGGGGCAAGACAGACUCCCAUCUGGAAGCAGAGGUGUUGGGGGAGGAGAAGGGUGAGGAGGAAGGGGUAUCAGGGGUGAGGAGGAGGAGGGGGUCUCUCCUGGCAGCUCUGGAGCGGAUUGGGAGGAAGGAGGAGGAGGAGGAUGAAUUCCGGAUUCCGCAGAAGAGGGAGGAAGAGGAGACUGGUUUCUCUCUGAACAAGUGCAUCCUGGGAGCUGUCAUCCUGCUGGGCCUCGGAACCAUCUUCUUCUCAGGUGUCUUCAUGGACCUGGACGAUGAGGGGGACUAUGACACCAGGGAGCUGAGAGAAACAGAGGUGGUGGGAAAACAGGAAUGGCUGAAUCCCGAGAUUCCUCUUCCACCACCUGUAGAUGUUGACAGUACAGACCAUCUGAAUAAACUGGCUAAAGAAGACCCACAGAUAGCUGUACUGCAAGCCCAACUCCUGGCACAGAAAGAGGAGCUAAAAGUAGCCCAGAGGCAAGCGGAGGAUGGAGGGAAGGAGCGAAAGAAGAGGGAGGAGGUGGAGAAGGAGCACGGUAGGCUGAAGAAAGAGAUGACGUCGCUCCCUGUCCUUCAGAAGGAGAACGAGAGGAUGAAGAGAGAGCUGGAGUCUGUUCCUGUCUUACAGAAAGAACUAGAGACACUCAGAGCCACAGUGACUGAACUAAAACACAGCACAGACAAAGAAGCAGCUCCACUGCCUGUCUCUGCCUCUGUCCCGCCCCCCUCUGGCCAAGCUGGGGAUUACAGCCAGAACACAGCAGGAACGAUAGAGGGGGAGGGCAAGAAACCAGGGGAGGGAGAGAAAACAGAGAAGAAGAAAGAGUGGAAGAAGGAGAAAACUGAGCAGGGAAAAGAAUGGAAGGAGAAGGAAGAGAAGAAGGAUUGGAAUAAGGGAGGGAAGAAGGAUUGGAAGGUAGAAAAAGAGUGGAAAAAGGGAAAAUAUGACCAGGAGAAAGAAGGUGAAGAAUGGAAGGGAAAAGAGAAGAAAGAGUGGAAGAAGAAAGAAGACAAGGGAGAAUGGAAGAAAGAUAAAUCAAGCAGAGGGGAUGAGGGCAAGCCAUGGAAGGCCAGGGAAGACAAGAUAGAAUGGAAGGAGAAGGGUGAGAAAAAAGACUGGAAGGAGGAGAAAGAUUGGAAAAGGGAAAAACCUGAAAGAUGGAGUGAUAGCAAGUGGAAAGGCGAGAAGGAGUGGAAAAAAGGCAAGGAUGAGUGGAAGGGAGAGAAGGAGUGGAAGGGAAAAGAGGAGAAAAAUCUAAAGAAAGGAGGUUGGGAUGAGUGGAAGGGAGAGAAGGAGUGGAAGGGAAAAGAGAAGAAUCUAAAGAAAGGAGGUUGGGAUGAGUGGAAGGGAGAGAAGGAGUGGAAGGGAAAAGAGGAGAAAAAUCUAAAGAAAGGAGGUUUGGAUGAGUGGAAGGGAGAGGAGUGGAAGGGAAAAGAGGAGAAAAAUCUAAAGAAAGGAGGUUGGGAUGAGUGGAAGGGAGAAAAGAAUGGAAAAGAUGACAAAUAUCUAAGGAAAGGAGGAUGGAAUAAGGGCAAGGAUGAGUGGAAUGGAGAGAAGGCGUGGAAGGGAAAAGAGGAGAAGAAUCUAAUGAAAGGAGGAUGGAAUAAGGGCAAGGAUGAGUGGAAGGGAGAGAAGGAGUGGAAGGGAGACAAGGAUGACUAUAAGGACCGUGGCAAAGGAUGGAAGGAGAGAGGAGAGAAGGAGUGGAAGAGCGAAAAAGAUUGGACAAAGAAAGACGGAAAAAAAUAUUGCAGUAAAGAGUGGAAGGGUAAGGACGACAGGAGAGAAAAUGAGUGGUCUGAUGGAAAGAAGGAAGGAUGGAAGGAGGAGAGAAACGGUGGGAACUGGAACAAGGACAGAGGAGAUGACAAAUACGAGAAGGACCACCACUACUCUAAGGAAGGUCAGAAAGAGAAAGAGAGGGGAAAGAGAGAAAAGGGUCCUCCUCAAACCCACCGCAGAGCCCCCCUGGAACAACCUGACUACUGGAGCCACCAGAGAGAACGACUGCAGCACAAACCCAACCCUCAAACCCACUGCAGCUCAGUGGAGGCCUGCGCCCAGGCAGAGGGGCUGCUCCCUGUCACCAUGGCCGAGUUUGAAACCCUGCUCCUGGGUUACCUAGCCAAGGCGGAGAGGGUUGGGGUGGAGACCUCCAAGAGGGAGGAGCUCAGUAAGCAAGCCAGGGAGUUCUUCAGGGACGGAGUGUUCGUUCACGACCAGAUGAGCUUCAAGGACUUUGUGGAGGAUGUGGAUGACAUCUUGGAGGAUAUGGUGAAGGGAGAGGAGGAUGAGGAGGUAGAGGAGGAGAUGGAUGACAUUGAGGAAGAGGCAAUGAACAGGUUUGCAGUUCCAGGGGGAGGAGAGAGGGAGAAGUGGAAGAAGGAGAGUGGGAGAGGACGGGCGUGAUGAGUGAGAAAGGGAGUCGACGCAUGUCAGACACACACACAGUCUUCCACUCUAUCUACUAAUGUCUUUAAUCUUAAUAACCUAGCUACAACCUUUCUCUUCUCCAUGGAGUCCUGGCCAACCACAAUCAACAUGCUAUUUUCCAUUUCAGCAGUUUGAAGGUCUGAAUGAAUAAUGAAUUACACACACACACACACACACACACACACACACACACACACACACCCCUCAGGCAAUCAAUGCAGAGGGAUAUGUGAAGUUGUUGAUGGGAGUAGAGAGAGAGAGACUAGCAGGCCAGUGGCACUGGGGAAACAGAGACCCAAUCCAGCAGUCUUAACAUAGCUAGUGGGAGGGGACUAGAACUUGUCUCUCAAUGGCCAAUCCCAAAUCAACCCCUCGACUGACCUCUAACCUCUUACUGUCCCCAAGCACAUAGGAAACCAAACCACCCAGGAUUGCUAGCCUAAAACAGUGGUGUUACACUUGUCUGUUUCAUAAAGAGGAGUGUAUGUUUCCUCUCUGUAGAAUACACUAUGCAUCGUGCACUGCCAAGCUAACCCUUUCACGGGCAGCUUGUAGCGUUGGUAGCUUUCAAUCAUGUCAUAUUUCUGUUAACUUAUUUAUUAUUAAUUCUUUAUUAUUUUUGUGAGACGUGGUCUUUAAAAGUCAUUGAAGGAUAGAUUUACAAAGUGAGUGUGAACUACUGAGGAGGAGGAGUGAAUGUAAACUGAUGGUGAUGCCGGUCUUUGACAUGAAAAUAAUGUUCAACGUGUUGUAAAUAGUGCACUAAAACACCACACACUUACAAAACAUUUGAAUGAUAUAUUCAAUUUUUUUAUUUUAUAGGAUAUUCGAAAUGUCGAAAGGCACAUAAAAUUGUUUUGGAGCAAUGUAAUAUGUUGACCAUGCAUCCAUCCUUUUGGAUAAAGAGGGAAUGUAUUGAAAACACUAAAACGUCUUUACUUUUGGUUAUGUUGCAACAGUUAUUAUGAAGCAAAAUGCUCAUGGCACUUAAGAUAAGGAUUGUCUUCAGGAAAGAAAACAGCUGGAUGUUGUGGUUACACUUUACUUUACAGUCCUGUAUUUACUUAUAUAGUAGAAUGAUAAUUACAUUAGAGUAACCACCUAAUGACAACUUUUUUUUUUAAAUUAUUUUUACAAAUUCAUUGUAAGAGUUUCUAAUUCUGUUGAAUUCUUUGAGAUAACUACCAGAAGGUAUGACUUGUUACCAUAGUUUUGUAGUAAAUAUCAGGUACUGUAGAUACCAGAUGAAGCAGGGCUGUAAAAUAUAGUCUUACUGAUGCUCCAUGUUUACAUGAUGGUAACUGUGUAAAACCUGAUGAUUGACAAGCCCAUAUACACUUAUUAAAACAUUACUUGAAUGGGCAUUCAAGUCUAACCACGUGGGCUUACAGCAGCAUCUUUGAAAACUCCACUUUGUAUGCUAGAAAUGUGCAAAUGUAACAUGGUCCGAUUGUGAUAAAAGCAGCCUAAUAAAUGAAGCUUUGUCCUUCUGAAGAA